CACAACUUUCCAUUUCAAAUUGUGACUCACAAACCAACCCAACUGUUCUAUCUCUCACCAAUUCCUCUUCUUCUUCCCCCAAUGCCUAUUCUCAGAGCAGCCAUAGGAUCCGUCUCAGGCCAUGCCUUUCUCUUCACCUCUGGCGAUAAUCAUUCUCAAUCCCAUCAUUCUUCAGUCUCAGCUCUCACAAACCCUCCUUUCAAUUUUCCCAACUCUUUUCGCAGUUCUUCCAUCAAAAGACCCUCAUUUCCCACUGCCAAAGUCUCUCUCUCCGGCGAGAGCGCCAAAACCGAAGGCAUGGUCGAGCAAUCUGCGGCCUCUUCCACUGCCACCCAAGUUGUCGAAGACGAUGCCAUCAAAGAAGCUCGGAGAUCUGCUGAUUGGAAGGCAGCAAGGGCUUAUAAGGAAAGGGGAUUCAUCUAUGAAGGCAGGAUUGAAGGUUUUAAUGGUGGAGGUUUGCUGGUUCGGUUUUAUUCUCUUAUGGGUUUCCUUCCCUUCCCGCAGUUGAGCCCAACUCAUUCAUGUAAAGAGCCACAAAAAACCAUCCAAGAGAUAGCAAAAGCUCUUAUUGGUACCAUUAUAUCUGUAAAGGUAAUCCACGCAAAUGAGGAGAAAAGGAAAUUGAUAUUCUCUGAAAAGGAAGCCCUUUGGUCCAAGUUUUCUCAACAAGUUAAUGUUGGGGAUAUUUUUGAAGCAAGGGUGGGUUCUGUUGAGGAUUAUGGUGCCUUUGUUCAUUUACGUUUUUCAGAUGGUUGUUAUCAUCUCACUGGACUUGUACAUGUCUCUGAGGUAUCCUGGGAUUUAGUACAAGACGUAAGAGACAUCCUAAACAAGGGUGAUGAAGUGAAGGUCAAAAUUACUAAGAUAGAUAGGGAGAAGUCGAGGAUUACAUUGUCCAUCAAACAACUGGAGGAAGAUCCACUCUUAGAAACUUUAGACAAAGUCAUUCCUCAGGAUGGUUCAGUUGCUUCUGAUUCUUUGAGCACAAGCAAUAGUUAUGAUAUUGAACCUCUUCCAGGGCUUGGAACAAUACUUGAAGAGCUACAACAGGAAGAUGGCAUUUUUGAUGUAAGAAUCACUCGACAAGGAUUCGAGAAACGUGUAGUGUCGCAAGAUUUGCAGCUUUGGCUUUCAAACGCACCACCCAUUGGCAAACAGUUCAUUCUCCUAGCACGAGCUGGAAGACAGGUUCAGGAAAUACAGUUGACAUCAUCACUUGACCAGGAAGGAAUAAAGGCGGCAUUGCAGAUAGUACUGGCACGCGUCCCAUGAAUUGAACUCGAGAUUUAUCCUGUUGAGCAUACCAUCACCCUCAUCUUACAUUCAAAGCAGAUGAAUGAAAGAAAUAUCCAUGUUUUUGCUAGGUUUACACUUUUCAACUGUGCAGCUGCUGUGCAGAAGCCGAUGUGAACAUAGCCUGGAAGGUGCUAUCUGUAUAUUUUGUGAGUAGCUCACUUUGUUCAUCUUCUCAAUCGAAUAAUCUGAUUACGGAUGGAAAAUGUAUUGAAUUUCGUUGUUAAAUACUGUUGGCAGUCAUUUUUCAGAUCUGAUUGUAGUUGUACUCGACCACGAGAAUUUCUUGGAUGAUAAUAAAAUGGAACAUUUAGUUCCUCAUUUUAUUUUUUAAA